AUGGAGAGCACUGGGUUGAGCAACCACAAUAGCGGGCAGCAGCAGUGGUUAGGGAUUACAGAACCCAUCUCAUUCACUGGACCCGCCCAAUAUGAUAUCGACAAGUCCAAUGAACUCGACAAGUACUUGCAAGACGCCGGCUUGUAUGAAAAUCAGGAGGAAGCAAUUUGCAGGGAGCAAGUGCUAGGCAGGCUAGACCAGAUUGUGAAGAAUUGGGUCAAAACCAUUACGCGUGCAAAGGGAUUUAACGAACAACUGGUGCAAGAAGCAAAUGCCAAGAUUUUUACUUUUGGCUCCUACCGUCUGGGGGUGCAUGGCCCUGGAGCAGAUAUUGAUGUUCUUUGUGUGGGACCUAGACAUGCAACCAGAGAUGAAGAUUUCUUUGGUGAGCUACAUAAAAUGCUAUCUAAGAUGCCAGAAGUGACAGACUUGCACCCAGUGCCUGGUGCUCAUGUUCCAGUGAUGGGUUUCAAGUUCAACGGUGUUUCUAUGGAUCUCCUUUAUGCAAAUUUAUCUUUAUGGGUUAUUCCUGAAGACUUGGAUUUAUCACAGGAAUCAAUCUUACAAAAUGCUGACGAACAAUCUGUUCGCAGUCUUAAUGGUUGUAGAGUGACCAAUCAAAUCUUGAAUUUGGUUCCAAAUAUUCAAAAAUUUCGUACGACACUGAGAUGCAUGAAGUUAUGGGCUAAGCGUCGUGGCAUUUAUUCUAAUGUUGCAGGUUUUCUUGGUGGUAUAAACUGGGCACUGCUAGUUGCUCGAAUAUGCCAGCUAUAUCCGAAUGCGCUGCCUAAUAUGUUGGUGUCUCGAUUCUUUAGGGUGUAUACACAAUGGCGUUGGCCAAACCCAGUCAUGCUUUGUGAAAUUAGAGAAGGAUCUCUUGGACUUAAAAUUUGGGAUCCUAGAAUACAUCCGAAGGAUAAAAACCAUCUAAUGCCGAUAAUUACUCCCGCUUAUCCUUGCAUGAAUUCUAGCUACAAUGUCUCGUCAAGUACAUUGCGUAUUAUGACAGAGGAGUUUCAGAGGGGAGGUGAAAUUUGUGAGGAUAUGGAGGCUAAGAAAGCUGAUUGGGAUACUCUUUUUGAGUGUUAUCCAUUUUUUGAAGCUCAUAAGAAUUAUUUGCAGAUAGACAUUUCAGUGGAGAAUCCUGAUGAUCUUAGAAACUGGAAAGGCUGGGUUAACUCCCGCUUGCGCCAGUUGACAUUGAUGAUUGAGAGGGACACUCAUGGUAUGCUUCAGUGUCAUCCACAUCCUGGGGAUUUUUCAAACAAAUCUCAACCUCUACACUGUUCUUACUUCAUGGGUCUGCAACAUAAGCAAGGAGUUCCUACCAAAGAAGGCGAACAAUUUGAUAUAAGACUAACCCUUGCAGAAUUUAAGCAUUCUGUCUAUAUGUACAUUCAACGGAAACAUGGAAUGGAUAUAUUUGUCACCCACGUGAAGCGCCGCAAUCUACCUGCCUUUGUAUUUCCCGGUGGUGUUCGGCCUAACUGCCCAUCCAAAGUAACCAGGGUGAGUAAGCGAAGGUCAGAGCUUAGGACUUCCGGCCACGGUCUAGCUGAAAAAUCUCAAGAAGGUAAAGUGGCCGUGUUUGGAGAUAACAAUGAUAGGAAGAGAAAGCAAGCAGAAGAUAGUGUGGAUACGUUGAGAAAUUCCAAGUCCAUUUCAAGGGAGUACCCUUCUGGGAACAGAGAAACCGGUGAUCAGAAAAGCAUCUCAGAAAUUAACCCUCUACUUACUGCUACUGAUACAUCUAGUUCUAAAGAAGUAGAAAAGCUCGGUAUCGAAAGCAUUAUGUGUGGUCCAUAUGAUGCACAUCAAGCCUUUUCAGAAGAACCUGAUGAGCUUGAAAAUGAUCUUGAGUACAGAAAUAAAGACAAAGAUUUUGGCGGGAACAUGAAAAACAUCAAUUUGAACUCUCGAUACUCAGAGUCUAUAGUGGCAGCAGAACCAGUUUUUUCUCAAAAGGAAAAUAGUAGUUUAACUCAUAUACACUCCAAUGAGAGAUUGGAGGAGCUUGAGUCUGCUGAGCUAACACCGCCGUUGUCAAGUCGGAAUUAUACACCGGUUCCACAGCGGAAGUCAAUAAUUAGGUUCGCUACAUUGGGGAAAGCCGCUGACAAAAGUUCUUAG